AAAGGGGAAACGUUACACGAAUAUAACUCUGCUUCAGUCAUAUAACUGCAACCGGUCCUGCUUUAAAUAUGUAUAGGAAAGCAUAUGAUAGUAUCCUUUAAGUAAACUGCAGCAGUAAGGUCACUUGAUUGAUAAUUAUUGACUGUUGUUUUCCCUGGAAAAGUGGUCUGGUCAGUGGUAAAGGCCUAACAUUGUGCCAGCCAUGUCGGUGAGGGAGUCAUUUAACCCAGAGAGCUAUGAGCUGGACAAGAAUUUCAGGCUCACACGCUUUGCUGAGCUCAAGGGUACAGGCUGCAAGGUACCCCAGGAAGUACUGCAGAAACUUCUUGAAGCCUUACAGGAAAACCACUACCAGGAAGAUGAACAGUUCCUCGGAGCAGUUAUGCCUAGGCUGGGCAUUGGUAUGGACACCUGUGUGAUCCCGCUCAGACAUGGGGGCCUUUCGCUGGUUCAGACGACAGACUAUAUCUACCCCAUAGUGGAUGACCCGUACAUGAUGGGCCGAAUUGCAUGUGCCAAUGUUUUAAGUGACUUAUAUGCCAUGGGAGUGACGGAAUGUGACAACAUGCUUAUGCUGCUGGGGGUCAGCAACAAAAUGUCAGAAAAGGAGAGAGACAAAGUGAUGCCAUUAAUCAUCCAGGGGUUCAAAGACGCGUCAGAGGAGGCAGGCACAUCAGUAACAGGGGGACAGACGGUACUCAACCCGUGGGUCGUCAUGGGGGGAGUGGCCACGACCGUGUGCCAGCCCAAUGAGUUCAUCAUGCCAGACAAUGCCGUGCCGGGGGACGUGUUGGUGUUGACCAAGCCUCUGGGGACUCAGGUGGCUGUGGCAGUGCACCAGUGGCUGGACAUUCCUGAAAAGUGGAACAAAAUCAAAUUAGUGGUAACUCAGGAGGAUGUAGAGUUGGCCUACCAGGAGGCCAUGAUGAACAUGGCUAGGCUCAACAGAACAGCGGCUGGACUGAUGCACACGUUCAACGCCCAUGCAGCCACGGACAUCACCGGAUUCGGAAUCCUGGGACAUGCCCAGACGUUGGCACGCCAGCAGCGGAGCGAGGUGUCAUUCGUCAUCCACAAUCUGCCCGUUCUCGCCAAGAUGGCGGCCGUGUCGAAGGCCUGCGGUAACAUGUUCGGACUCAUGCAUGGCACCUGCCCAGAGACAUCAGGGGGUCUCUUAAUCUGUCUGCCACGGGAGCAGGCAGCCCGUUUCUGUGCCGAGAUCAAGUCACCUAAAUACGGCGAGGGCCACCAAGCAUGGAUUAUUGGCAUUGUGGAGAAAGGAAACCGCACUGCUCGCAUCAUUGACAAACCACGAAUCAUAGAGGUGGCCCCUCAGUCAUCAACCCAAAAUGUCAACCCAACUCCUGGUGCCACCUCGUAAUCCUUCCCACCGCCUCCACUGCAACACAAAACGGAACCUCAGAGCUCAGAUGAGUUGUUUUUUUUAGACACAUAUUCUAGAAACCAUCCGCGUGUGUGUAAAUAUAAACACGUGUCAACAGAAUCUGCUGGGUGGUUGUGUACAUAAUCCUGCUUCAGACAGUGGCCUUAGGGGCAGGGCACCACUCAGUGGACCCACCAUACCGGCGAUACACAUUUAAUAGAGAACAACAGUAAUCCAUUUGCCUUUUGUGUCUGCUGCAUUCUGUUACGUUAACCGAAGACGCACUUGAUCGGCAUGUUCAGGUUAGACUUGAGGAUGGAGAGGUGCUUUUCUGCUGAUGAUGAGAAUAUCCAAUAAUGGUGAUUCAUUUUGAAUCUAAAGGAGUCUGGUGUCUAUCGUCUCUUGAGCUCUUUUUAAAGGGUGGUCUCGUCAAGCACAUGUGAGUGAUGGCUUGUGGGAUAGCAUUUUUGUGUUCACUAUUUGUACAGUUGAAAAGCCUAGUUCCAGCUAAGACUGAUGCCUUGAAAAGAAGUGGGCUUACGUAGAAGUAUGAACAGAAGUGGGCCGAUUUCUUUUUACAUUCACUUUUUGUAUGUUCCCCAAAACAAAUAAAUCAUGUAAGUAGAAGCUUCCACUGGCAACUGUUUUACAAUAGGAUCAUAACAUUGAUUGUAUGAAACAAAUUGGGUUUAACUUUCAAAAUGUGUAUGAUUUACUAAGAAUGUACAGCACGUGACGUGCAUGUUGUGUUAACAGUGGAAAUGGAUUCCUUCUGAUGAGUUGAGUAGAUUUUCUCAGCUUCUUUUAUGGUCAAGUGAAAAAAAUAUAAAACAUAAUGUAAGUAUUCCAUGAUAAUGCCAUAGAAAAAUGUAAGGAGACUUGUAGGCAGCCAUCCACAGUAUUUCUGAUUUGAUUGAAUAUUUUUUCAUAUGGCUUUAUAGAUUCAUUUUGUAUGCCUAAAGGGUCUCAGUUAUUGUAUUCCCCUUAAAGUGUCAAUUAGCACAGCUAUUUGCUUAAAUAGGCAAACUCUCCCCCCUAAAGGUCUCUCAUCUGUCACUCAGUAUACUGGAGGGAGGGCCUUAUGCCAUUUCAACUGGUCAUUCACCAGAUAUAUUGCCUUUUAUAAUUGGUCUGGGUACCACACAUGGUUUUGGUGGUAUCUCUACUUCCAUAGCAGAAAUAAACCUGGAUUAUCUCUUAACUGAAUCUUGUUUGGU